CUGGGCCAGCGAUCCUGGCCAUUCAGCCACCACUGUCCCCGCUGCGCGCCCUCGCGCCUCUGCCUGAGAAGCCAGGCGCUGUUUGUCCACCCCAGAAGAGGAUGGCAAAGGUGGCCAUGGACCUCAACCCAGGAGUUCAGAAGAUGUCCCUGGGCCAGCAGCAGUCAGCAAGAGGUGUGCCUUGUCUGAGAUGCAAGGGGACGUGUUCGGGCUUCGAGCCGCAUUCAUGGAGGAAAAUGUGCAAGUCAUGCAAAUGCAGUCAGGAGGACCACUGCCUGAGCUCGGACCUGGAAGACGAUCGGAAAAUUGGCCGCUUGCUGAUGGACUCCAAGUAUUCCACCCUCACGGCCCGAGUGAAAGGCGGGGACGGCAUCCGGAUUUACAAGAGGAACCGAAUGAUCAUGACCAACCCCAUUGCCACCGGGAAAGAUCCCACUUUUGACACCAUCACCUAUGAGUGGGCUCCCCCUGGAGUCACCCAGAAACUGGGCCUGCAGUACAUGGAGCUCAUCCCCAAGGAGAAGCAGCCAGUGACGGGCACCGAGGGCGCCUACUACCGCCGGCGUCAGCUCUUGCGUCAGCUCCCUAUCUACGACCAGGACCCCUCUCGCUGCCGCGGACUUUUGGAGAACGAGGUGAAGGUGAUGGAGGAGUUUGUGAAGCAGUAUAAGAGCGAGGCCCUGGGUGUGGGCGAAGUGGCCCUUCCCGGGCAGGGCGGCUUGCCCAAGGAGGAGGGGAAGCAGCAGGAGAAGCCCGAGGGCGCAGAGACGGCCGCCCCAACUACCAACGGCAGCAUCAGCGACCCGUCCAAGGAACACAUCGAGGAUGUCGUCUGGAUAGGACGUGAUGAGAACAGCCGUUUAGCUCUGUGGUCUUCCUCCCAGUGCAGUCAUGAUAAUAACAUCAGGCAAAUCCCAACUGAGGGACAGUCUACCAAAUAUCUGACUGGUACUCCUCCACGGUUAUGAAAAACAAGGCAAGUCUGAGAAACUGUCACAGCCCAGAGGAGCCUAAGGAGACAUGAUCGCUACCUGUAAUGUGGGAUCCUGGAUCCAAUCCUACAAGAGGAAAAGGACAGUAGGUAGAAUCUAAGCACAUCUGGAUAAAGUUUGGACUUCGGUUAAUAACAACAUAUCAAUACUGGUUAAUUGAUUGUGACAAGUACACCAUAUUAACGUAAGGUGCUAAGAACAGAGGAAAGCAGGUGCGGGGUAUACAGAAUUCUCUGUGCUAUGAUGACAAUUUUUCUGUAAGUCGAAAACUGUUCUCAAAUUUUAAGUUUAUUAAAAAUUAAUCCUCCAUAGGUAAAAGAUCCAUUCAAAGUACAAGGUGGACCGGUGGGUUUUAAUGUAACCGGGAUGAAAGGUUGGUUGAUACUCUACAUUAACUAACUUUUGAGAAACUAACACUUGUCUAAUUUUGAUGUAAUAGCAAAGAAAAAUACUCCACAGUUAUCUAGAAAGGCUAUUGAAAAUGCCUGCCUCCCUUUUUCAAUUUCUAAUCAGUGUAAGGUCAGAUUGUUUUCAUAUAUUUCAAAGAAAACCACAUGAUGCAAAAGAUAAAAAGCUAAAACAGUUGUAAGACUCGAGAAAUCCUCUACUGAGCCAGUCAUUAGAGAUUUGCAAAAAUGUAAACAAUGCCACACUCUGACUCAAUUUUUCUGUUUUGGAAAAUACAGUUAUUUUUAAUUACAAAUAUUUAUGUUAACAUGCUGUUGGUUUACUAUUUUUUAAUGAGUUAAUAGUUAUUUAAUUUUUUUCCUCAGUUCUAAUUUCUUGUAUGGUAAAUAUCAAUAGCUAUUACCCACAUGAACAAAAACUCCUUGGGCUUCUCAAAAAUUUUUAAGUGUCUAAAGGGUCUUGAGAACAAAAAGCGUGAGAAUGACCGUGCUAAACAAAUAUUGGGUUGGCCAAAAAGUUCAUUCAGGUUUGUCCAUAAGAUCUUACAGAAAAAGCCAAAUGAACUUCAUGGCCAAACCGAUACUUUAUUGAGUCCUCACAGCUACCUACUAGGUAGGCAGUAUUAUUAUUAUCCCACUUUGCAGAUGAGAAAACUGAGGAACAGAGAGGUACAGUAACUGCUCAAGGUCACCCAGGAAGUAAAGAGACUGGAGUUGAAACUCGAACCCAGGUCACCAUGCACUCCUGACUACCUUGUGUCCUGGGGCUCCUCCCCCAC